AUGGGUUGUUGUCUCGGCACCACCAAGACCCCAAACCAAGACCCUCACCACCACCCAAAUGGCCCCAACAACCGCCACUUCCACGCUAGAUCUUCGGUGACGGAACCCGACCCGACUCAUAUCCAGAAAACCCAACUCAGAGCCUCGACGCCGCCACCGCCUCCACAUCCUCCACCGGUUGUUGAAGAAGAGUCAGUGAAGGAGGUUCUCUCCGAAACCCCCAUCUCCAAACCCCAAAUCCCCAAAAUAUCCCUAGACCAAAUCACCCAUCUGCCUCCGAAAUUCCAAGAAGAGCUUCCCGAUUUUCCUCCGCAACCCCAAGCAGAACCCAUCCAUUUUCCUCCGAAUCCCCAGGCAGAGCUCACCCAUUUUCCUCCGAAUCUCCAGGCAGAGCUCACCCAUGUUCCUCCGAAACUCCAAGCAGAGCAGCCCAAGGAGCUCUCCGAGGAGCCUUCUCAGGCUUCAGACCUUUGUGGGGUUAGCGAGAGCUUCUCAUUGUCAACAACCACCACCACAACCACCAUUACAGACGCCAGAGAAGACGAAGCUACGAGCAAGCGGAAGAGAGACGUGGGAAACAGAGACAGGGCGAGUGGGCCUUCUUCAACGACGGCACGCUGCAAGCGUCCUUACUCCGGCGAACUCGCCGGCCGGAGAGAAAAAGGAGUCAAGCUCCCUGCGAGGGGGCCGGAUCCUCCAAUGGGGAAGAGGAAUCGGACUGAAACGAGGUCGUCUCGCGGGCGGGAAUCGGGUCAGCUGAGGACCAUGCAGCGUGGCGCGGGCCCCACCGGAGUCAGGCGUGAUGCGGUGUCGUCCCGGUCGAGGUCACCAGCUACUCGGACGGCCGGUGGUGCUGGUCGGGCAGCUGUAGGAAGGAGCCCGGCGAAGGUGACUGGACGAGCCGCUGCCUGUGGCAGUUCAUCGCAGCAGGGAGCAGUGGAGAGUGAGGGUAAACAAAUUAAAAAGGAGGCGGAACCAUCAAACGACGGCGUUUCGAAACCCCAGAAGCAGGGGAAUGAGUCCCUCGAGUUAGAAUGCUUCAUCUUUGUCUAA